UGAGCGACUUGAUCAGCUGCGCGCUGGAAGAUGGCACGCAGCGGCCAACGCGGCACCGUCGGCGUCCCCGUUCUUGCUCCUCCAAGUCCGCAUCAGCGAUCACGACCGCGCCGCCGCGGCUUCGGCCCGUAGAUGGCGCUCGCUGCGGACGCCGUUCCCCGCGAAGGCGGCCAGACUCCAGCUGCCGGGAGCGCCGCCAUGUCCGCGCCUGCCAUGGGGACCAGCAGACCCGCCGUCGCCGACGGCGCCCUGGGACGGAAGAGGGGCCCGGGCGCGCUGGCCGCCGCCUACCUGGUGCUCUACAACGUGGUGAUGACGGCCGGUUGGUUGGUCAUUGCUGUGGGUCUCGUCCGAGCCUACCUAGCCAGAGGCAGCUACCAUGGUCUGUACUACUCUAUAGAGAAGCCACUUAAGUUCUUCCAGACUGGGGCGCUCCUUGAGAUAUUGCAUUGUGCUGUGGGAAUCGUGCCCUCCUCUGUGGUCCUGACUGGAUUUCAGGUGAUGUCGCGCGUGUUCCUCACUUGGGCUGUGACCCACAGCGUUAGAGAAGUCCAGAGUGAAGACAGUGUGCUUCUGUUUGUGGUGGCGUGGACCAUCACAGAGAUCAUACGCUACUCAUUCUACACCUUCAGCUUGCUCAACCACCUCCCGUACCUUAUCAAAUGGGCCAGAUACACAUUUUUUAUUGUGCUGUACCCCAUGGGAGUGACUGGAGAACUUCUAACCAUCUACGCCGCCCUGCCUUACGUGCAGAAGACAGGCCUCUAUUCCAUCACUCUCCCCAACAAGUACAACUUCUCCUUCGACUACCAUACCUUCCUCAUCCUCAGCAUGGCGUCCUACAUCCCCUUGUUCCCUCAGCUCUACUUCCACAUGUUUAGGCAGAGGAAGAAGGUCCUGGGCCACGUGGAGGACUACAGCAAAGUGGAAUGAACGAGCGGCGACGCUCCAUCCUAACGCGGUCGGCUCGGGUCCGCCACGUAUAACGUAUGCUUGUUGAUGCACAGAGCCCAACUUUUUUCAAGAAAGAAAUAAAGAAAUGACAUUUGAGAUGAUUUAUAGCACUGUUGGUUUGCAAAUGAACAUUAUGAUUUUUUUUUUGAUUUUUUUUUUUUUUUUUUUAAAUAACGAUCUUGAUCAUUUGAUAUCAAUGGCUCAAGAGCUGAAUGCAGUUAUUCAUGCUAAUAUGCUUACUAUGUGAAAUUGUUUUUAAUGAGUCUAACACGGUUUCACUGAUCUUAGUGCGGUGGAGAUAAUAUGUUUGGAUUUUCACCUUUUCAGAGUAUUAAAGUAGAAUCGGAGACAUUUAGACAAUCAGUCUUUCCCUACGACAGUGAGUAGACUGAACCUCUCCCUGUGUGUACCUGGGAGUCCUGGUGACAGGUUUCCUGAUGCACAUUCAGGGGGAUGGACAGACAGUUAAGUUCCAACUUCCUGUUCUUGUUCUAUCCACAUGUCUCUGUCUAACGUGUGAAGACAUUCCUUUGCUUUGACACUAUCUGAAUCAUUUGCGUGUUCCUCACCGAUUUUGCUCAGGACAUGUGUGCUCAGUAUUGACUGCUCGUCCAUAACCUCUAGCUGCGGUUUUCAUACUUUCUUUCGGUGUUUAUUGUACAACGAGAGUCAUGUUAACAAAAAAAUUGUCAUUGGUAGCUGUUUUGUUUAAUAGUGAAUGUCGGUUGUUUGUCGCUAUAUAUUCGGCUCAUGCCAGUAGCUCUUUAGCCAAACUGAUUGUACACAAGUCCCAUUGAUGUGAUGGUAUAGGGUUUUUUCUUCUUCUUCUAACUCCUAUUAUAGCGUACCCUAAUCAGGCUCUUGCUACUAAUGAAAUCUUGACGUGUGAAGAGCAGCUCGGGAUUCUGUUUGCAGGCUGAUGUUCUUGGGCUGUUUGUGAGGUGUCUGAAUGAAACAAGGCAGCGUAGAGUGCAGGAUGAGCAGGAAGCUAGCACAGGCCCCAGCUUCAGGACAGGUUGGGUUACGCUGCCUCCACUCGUGCAGUUCCAAUUGACAUAAUUUAAUAAUGGGCCGAGCCAGCCUGGAGUCAGGAGUUACUGAGCACUUCCUUAUUUGUCUGCCCUCACCGUCACAACCAAAGAACUAAGUGAGCUGAAGCCACAGGAAGGACUAAUGUAUCAUUGGCUGGCCUUUUUCCGCUACUGGGUCCAAACUUUGCUUGUGCAGUGUGUAGCGUAGAAGCACGGCAAGUGGUCGGUAGAGGCCACUCUACCUGCCUGUGAAAGUGAAAGGUCAUCAUGUCGCCUUCUCCGCAACAGCCAGAUUAGGUUGCAGUGAAAUUAUGUGCUCCUACUUGCUGGUGUGCAGUGUUCCCUGUAAUUUCCCUGGAAGAAAUGCUGACCUCAUUUAACCUCCCUGCACCGUAGUUGCAUCGUGCAUUCGAGUCGAAUAAAAACGGUUGACAUGGCUAGCCUUUUUGGAAUGUGUGUCUGGAGUGCACCUUUGUUUAAAACUGCAUGAAAGGUGAAAUUACACAGUCACCUGGAGUGGUGUAACACCUGGGUGAACGCCUUUGAAGCAUGACCCUUAAAGCAACCAAGGGAAUGUUGGACCUUUGAGACAAAGGACUUGCAUGGGACCAGAAGACUUUGUAUUAUUAGUAAAACAGUUAUAUAUUUACAAUAAACUAAUAAUGUGGAAGA